ACGCGCACGUCGUCGCCAGACUAUUAACAAUUGCUUUAACGAUGAGACUGUAUUUGGCCUUGAUCCUGGUGUUUUGCCUAGCGAAAUUGGCUCAUUCGCAGGGCACCAAGUACGGAUUGUGGACACCGGAUCGGGCCCAGUCCGAUUCCCAGCCCAUCCAGUGGACGGGUGGUCAGUUCGAGUUUCCCUGCGCCAGCACCAAGUCGCUUUUCAAGAGUUCGGGAAAGUUUAUACCCAAGAAUGUGAUUGCCACUAGGGCUCAGCUCAUCGGAGAUACCAUAUACCUGGCACUGCCGCGUUACAGGAAGGGAGUUCCGGCCACGCUGGUCAAGACCAAUGUGAAACCGGGCACCUGCUCCACCACCUUCAAGCCCUAUCCCUGCUGGGAUCUCCAGGAGGAGGGCAACUGCAAGGCCCUGCAAUCCGUAGUGGACCUGGUGGUGGAUCAGAAUGAGGUGCUCUGGGUGCUGGACACGGGCAUAGUGAACACCCUGGAGACCCCGGUGCGAAAGUGUCCGCCCAAAGUGGUGGCCAUGUCGGUGAAAACCGGGAAGGUUCUGAAAACAGUCUCCCUGGAAGGCCUAACUUCCAGCAGUUCCCGUCUGCAGUAUCUGGUGGUGGACUAUGCCCCGGAUGGCGGUUGCUUUGUGUACGUCAGUGAUGCCGCCAAUCGGGCCAUUAUCGUCUAUAACCUGCAAGCGGAUCGGGGAUUCAGGGUGGUGCUGCCCAAGGCCGUUACUGCCGGAUGUCGAUCUAGGGAUGUCCUCUACAUUGCCCUCAUCCGCCGCGAUUGUGGCUCCACGGAGCUGUACUUCACCUACUUGAGCACCAGCAAGCUCUUCUCCCUGAAAUCGGAGUAUCUGCGCAGUGGAGUGGCCGACGGACGUAUAUUGGAUCUUGGCAAGAAACCCAGUCGCAUGGUCAUAAUUGGCACGGACAAUGGCUCGGCGAUUUUCUUCCGAAACGAGGGCGAUGCGGAGGUCUACCGAUGGGACACCAAUUCCACGUUCGCCGAGGCCAACUUUAAGCCAGUUUACCGCAGCCAGACCUGCCAGCUGGUGACCCAUGCGGUUCCCGAUUACAAGCGGAAUACGAUGCGAGUGCUGCAGAGCAAUUUCCCCGAUUACAUGCAGAAUCGCGUUGGCUGCGGGGCCAUCCAGCAAUUGGGUCUCAUGCAGGGCUGCUGGUAACCGAGUUAGCACCCCCAAUUCCCACCCACAUCUCCCCAUCAAGACCAGAACAGCCCGAAAAAACUGAAAGUGCCAUUGCAGUUAGAUUGGCAAUAACCCAGAAUGAGUUGGUGUUUUUUGUGCAGUUCGUAUUUGGUAUUGGUAUUUUGUACAUAAACUAACGACUUUGGUCGCUCUUGUUGUUAUCUAAGCUAAGCAAAUAAACGUUUCACUUUCGU